GCGACGGAACUGUGCAUGCGCUUGGCUACAAUCGUUGGGGUCAGCUGGGUUUGGGCGGGACGGAAGCUUACGCAUGCGAACCCAAGAAAAUACCUCGACUUCGUGAUAUAGUGUAUAUAGCGGCGGGCGCCACACACAGCAUGGCUAUAGACUCCAAAGGUGCUUUGUUCAUGUGGGGCAGCAACCGAUAUGGCAAGUGUGCUUCGUACGGCAAGGGGAAGCCAUCGCCACCCGUGGUUGAGUUUCCACACAAGGUGGCCUCUCUGGCACCCGUGAAGAGUGUGGUUGGGGGCAUGGGCCAUACGGUUAUCCUGCUGAGGUGUGUAGAGAAUUGUGUGCAAGACACGUAUGAACGAUAA